GGAAAGGUCUUUGUUGUAAGUUGAUUGUUGUCAAAUCAGGAUUUCCACGCUGUAGUUGUGCAACUACGGUAAAGAAGCGAGAAACACCAACAAACAAACCCCCUCACUAUGAAGUCGUUUACCGGUAUUCUAGGCUUUUUGGGCCUUAAGAAAAGCUCGGAAGAUUCAAGACCAACAGACUUCAAAAAAGCAAAACGCCCGCAAAAACAAGUUACAUUCAAUGAUCUACCUAGGGAUCAGCUUCCUCCCCCUCGUCUAUUCGGUGAAGUUUUGACAGCGUCAGACUUCAGAGUACAACCCGGUUUAAAAUUGAUACAGGAAGAAAACGAAGCAAUUGGUGACGGGAAUGGUAACAAUGACGUAGCGAUUACUUGUGCGGGUCGAGACUUGGAUUUGAGAGAGAAAGAACAUGAACAAAACUAUUAUCCACCAUCUCAAUCACGGAUGAGUAUACAAUCUCCAAGAUAUCCACCUCAAGUUCAACAUAAUAACGACAUUAAUAAUUAUCGCAUCCGUCGUAUACCAUCGAAUUAUUCAAUCAGUAUAUAUUCUUCCGACGAACGCAGUUCUAUCCGUAAAAUGGAGGGUUUACGAAAGAGAGCUAAAACCCCGGUCUUCUUCAUUGGCCAAUUGGAAAAGAAAGCGAUGGAACACGACUCUUCAGAAUGGCUUGCCAACCAGUAUCAAAAAACAUUACCGCGACGACGUAUAUCCUCUUCUUGGAAUCUCGAUCUACCUCUCAUUCCGGUCAAGAGAACAUUGAGGAAAAUUAAAUCUCAGGAGAGUCUUCGAGAUCUUUGCAGACGUAACGCGACAUCACCAUCUGAAGCCUCGGAUUGCGAAACUCUUGUUGGGUCUGACGGAAGAGGCUCACCACAUAGUUCGAUAUUCAAAAGGGACGAGAAGGAUCUCAAAUUCGGGGUCGAGAACGUAGGGUCCCCAACAUGCGAAUCAUUAGACAAGACAUCUCUAUCGGAUCAGGAUAUAAGCCUGCAGAUUUGCUUGAAUCUUCUAACAAGCAAGUUAUCAACAUCACUCCAACAAAACAAUCAUUCCACGGAACAAGAAAACAAAGCAUCAAGCUUAGAAAUCUUGCUUAUGAUUGAGGCUUACGAAUCGAUUCGAAAGGGUCUACGAUCAAAUUCACGUGAUUUGCACGUGACAUCAACGGCCGAGACAGCACUUGAUCAAUGGAUACAGGCUCUGUAUACCAUCUAUGAAGAUUGCCAUGGUAUUGAUCGUAGAAGGGCCGCCUUGAGAAAACGCACAUAGGAUUCACUAAAAUCGCCGAAGCCAACUCGGAUUUUGCUGAACAUCAAAACGGGCGUGCUAUAAUAAAAGGGUUCGCCCAUCCAAGUUCGGGCCUUAUACUUCGGCUUGGAAUUAGAGGCGGAUACGGUUCUAUUGGAACUUUGAUGGGUGUGAAAACAUCAACACUCAUUUUGAACGAUCAAUAAUCGAAAGAAACUCGGCCAGGGCACGACGACUUGGCCACGAUAAGGGAAGGACGAGAAAGACCGAUGCGAUCAUGCCUGUAGUAGCAGAAUGCUCAGAGGCAAUAUAUGCUUCUCUUUGAGGGAAAUAUUUGAGGGUGGACAUAGGAACACGCUCUCGAGACCGGCCGAUCAACUCCGCUUAUGUAGUAUUAUGAAGAAAGAGUCAAGCUGACGAAUAAUUAAGAUGGGGAAGAUGAUAAGAAUCUCUGGGUAGAAUCGAGGGUCAAAAUCUAGAUCGAUGGGAUACGAACUGCAGAGUUCGUGAUGACGAUAAUGAGAGGUGAAAGAUCGAGGGAACAAAUUCUUUGGCUCCACACCAUGAAUUUACGUAUGGAGUAUGAUCGUAGAACGAUUGCAUGGCUAAUGGGUGACGAUUAAUGAUUUAAUGAAUAAUAAAAUA